AUGUCUCAAUUGAUUCGAACGUUUUAUACAAAUGUUGGACAAAUAUCUAUGACAGACGAUUUAUCCGAGUUAAUCAAGUAUUUGAGCAAUGAUGGACUGACUUUACUGAAACAAUUUUACACCACAGAAAUUCAUACGACAUAUAAUCGUAUUCAAUCACGUGAUUGUGGCCUGUUCCUCAUUAAACUGAUUCCAUUUUGUUAUUCAUCUAUAUCAAACCAAGAUGCAGAAAAAGCAUUAUCAAACAUUCCAUUGAUUGAUUCUAAUUUCAAUCCCGAACAAAAUGAUCAAUCGAUCAUCGAAACCCACAAUAUAUCCGAAACACUAGACUAUAUCUUCAGUAUCAUUGUCCGUCUGUUUUACUCCCCCGGCAAUUCAGAAAGCUCAACACCAGAGAUCACUACUGAACAUAUCGAAGUCGCUCAAGCAUUUAUUGACUUAUCCCUUCCACAUUUAACAACUGAAUAUAAAAUUCUUUGGCUUUAUCAAAGAAGACUUCGCUCUCUCUAUUUAAUUCUACGACAAAUUCUCCUGUACAAUCCAUCGAAAUCUAUCACUUGUUUCUCGUCGAAUCCAAUCGGUUCCCUAAUCACUCGUAUCCAUCAUUCUUUGUUAUCAUCAUCAUCGUCUUCAUCCCAAUUUCUUGUUCAACUUGGAUACGAUGUUCUUCUAAGUUUCGCAUUAUUAAUCGAAAAUACUCUGCGUAAUAUUGAACAGAUCAAUCUCAAUCAACGGCAGACAAAUGAUGACCUACCAAAACUACUUAGUCAAUUUCUACUUAGUGAUUAUUUUCUGUUAUUUACUCACUUAAAAUCUAAUCAACAAAAUGAAUCCUAUUCGAAACAGUUACUCGAGUAUUGCUCACGAAUAUUGAAACAUUUGAAAAUCUAUCGUUCGGCAGAUUUACAUCGCAAACAGAAUCGACGUUUUAAUAAAACUUACUGGGAGAAUAGUUACGAACAAGCUUAUAUUUUACAUCACCAUCAGAACACAUUCGAAAUUUCAAUCAACAAUCGAACAAAUCUGAAUGGAACAAUUGAAAUAAAAGAUGAUAAUGCCGAUAAUGGUCAAACCAAACGGAUUUGUGUUGUCAGUGCUUUUUAUGAUAAAUUACUACGGUUAGCUAUUAAAGAAUUGGAAUCGACUCAACCAUCCUUUUCUUUCAUUCAUGAUUGUUUAUCGUACUUAUCCAUGUAUGGUUCAUGUUCAUGUUAUUCUCUUUCGUACUAUCGAACACUUCUAUCCAGAAUCAAUCAUCUGAAAGCAAAUGAAAAAACAGUUCAUUCGUUUGAACAACAAUCGAUUUAUUUACUUCGUCGUGCAUUUCUUCUUCUCUCGAACUGUUCCCAACGUAAUCCUAACUAUCAUCACCAUGAUAUACAAUUGGUCGACAACAGUAUCUUUUGGUCUUACCUGUCCAGUCAUUUAUUUCAACGAACAUCACAUUAUUCCUUAAAACUAGCUCAAGUAUUUCCCGAUCUCAUUCAAUGCUGUUCGAAAGCUGAUAAACAAUUAGCGUUAAAAUCUUGCUUCAUUCCAGCAUUAGAAUUCUACCGAACGAAUCCGUCAACACAAGACUCAACUAAUGUCGAGAUGAUCGAAUAUCUUAUUCAAAUCUUGCCCAAUCUUUUAUUUGAUAAUCCUCUUGACAUACCAUUUAUAUCUCUAUCGAACACAUUAAUCACUUUAUCAUCUUUAUUACCAUCGACGUUGAUUCAUACAUUGCCAGUUUUAGGUUGUUUAUUAACCGCAUCGUCAAAUUCGUCGAAUUUAGUCAUAUCAGAGUCAUUUCUGCAGUUGAUUAUCAAAUUAACCAAUUUAUGUUCGUUGUCCAAUGGUGUAAUUGACAAUCUUUGUCACAUAUUAAUCAUUCUUCUACAGAAAAGCCCGACAUUUCGGCAAGCAUUCUAUGCUCACUUAUGUCACACGCAUCUGUACGAACAGUUUCAAAUGAUGUUAAACCAGAAAUCAACGAUUCAACCAGCAAUCAUUGCUUGUGUGCUUGUUGCUGUGUCCUAUCACAUAAAGUCUUAUGAUAGUGCUUUCAAUUAUAAACUAAUUCUUGAUGACAUUCGUUUGUACAGUGAAAACAAUCGUUAUAAUUCGUCGUGGUUCGAAUUACUUGUACGUUUAUCUUUAUCCGAACAGUAUCAGAACAAACGACGACGAUGGAGAACUACGACGACUCAUAAAAGUCCUAUGAAUGAUGAAACAGAUGAUGAAAGUUCACUAGAUUCGUCAUCGUCAACAACAAAUAUCGAUGACGAUAACGAUGGCGAUGAAAUUUAUCAUGGUGAUAUUGAAUCACUCAGCGGAGAUACACCGACAGAGACUGUUACACAGCAAAAUCAAACGAGUUACUCGAAUUUAAUCCUUUUUCCUGAACUAAUCAUUCUAGGAUUGGAAAUCGCUUGGCAAAAUGUUGAUAAUGAAUGGAGUGAUCAACAAAUGACGAACAAAACAUCGAUUUAUGUCACAAACCUUGUUGCUUACCUGGAAUUACUAUCAUCAUUGAUUCGUGCGAAUAGUUACAAUUGUACUGUUCUGAAACGAUUAAAUAUCGACGGUUAUCUUUUCACUUGUUUGACAAAAACAGUUCCACGUUCAGCAUUCCUUCAAAAAGACGCUCUAAGCUCACUGAUUAUCACUCUUCUACAAUUCCUCUGGUCACAAUCAAUAACUGUCAAUCAACUUGAUCAAUGUUUCAAGUUGAUUUUGACUCAUCCAUCGCUUGUCGGUCCAUUACUUCGUCUAUUCAAACAUCUCGUUCAUCAAAUUGACUCCAAUCAGCCUCGUUCGUUCUGCUCAAUGCCAUUAUCAUCCAUAGUGACAUCCAAAGGUGGAAACAACUUACGAUUAACAUUAGAUCAAUUACUUUCAUUAAAAUAUCCCCAGAUCGAACAUGAUUCUAACAUUUCAAAUAGUUAUAAUUAUGUUCGACAAUGCGCAUUUGUGACUGAAACUCUGAAAUCAGUGCAAUUUCAUUUUCCGCUAACACUCGCUCUUUGGCUACGAGUCAAUUACCCGUUUGAUAAAUAUGAAACUGUGGAAGAAAAUUCUGAUGAGCGUGGCGAAGAUAUUAACAAAAAAGAACAUCGAUCUAUGCUACAUAUUCUUACACUACAUCAUGAAGGCAUACAAUUGCAAUUUUGGAUCGACUCAAAGCCAAAUAUUUACUUAAAAAUCGUUCAGCUAACAGUCACGUCGACCGAACAGCAUUUAUCUGAUUUCCACAUCCAUUUGCAUAGCGUUCCACGUGAAUCUUGGUCUCAUAUAUUCUUGACAAUAUCGAAAACAACCAAUACAGUCCGUGUUUGUCUGAAUGGACAAACAUCUUUCGCAAAACUUCAUCCUCUUCCUGCUCUGUAUUCCUCAAAUUCAACAAAACCUUGGUCGAUCUCCAUUGGUCAACAAUCCUUAGACACUUGUACAUCAUUUUAUUAUGAUCUCGGCAGUAUUUUACUUUUCGAUAAAGUGGAUUUGUUCAAUGGAUUAAAUAAUGACUACAUUCCGACAUACUUGUACAGUCUUGGUUCGGAUCACUGGCAUUUUUUGACUGGCAGUCAACAACAGCAGUCGCUGGUGCAUUAUUGGAUUUACCAACGUUUUACUCGUGUGCAUUCACUGAUGUCGAUCGAUCAAUUUGAAAUUGAACAAAAUUCUUGGCAUACAGUAUUAAAGCGUUCACUUCUCGCCUCUUAUACAUCGAAUAAUCCUUGGACAUUAUUUCUAUUCAAUUCAAACGCUGAUGCCAGCGAAGAUACAGCACCGAGUCGUCUCAAUAAACUUCUGCCAUUCCUAUCUUCGACAUCGGCAAACGUGACAUCAUCGAUUACAACUAACGAUGAAAAUCUCGUCACAACUACCACCACCAUCUCAUUACCAUCGAAGAUUUCUCUCGAACAAUCGAGUAAUAUUCUGAACAUUUGCGAACAACUAGGUGGCAUUUUGAAUUUCAUCUAUCUCUUUGGCAAAAUCAUCGAAAUCAAUGCAUACCAAUCGUCAAUAUCGAUCUGUCAUAUAACUGAUAUUAUCUUUACAUCGAUAUGGAAAAUCAAAUCCUAUUACGAUUUAUUCAAUUCACUUGACGGUUAUCGUUUGAUCGUGAAGAUUUUAACUACAAAUGAGUGUACACGUCACAUCACAAAUGAAUUCUACGAACUUUUACUUGAAAAAUGUCUAAGUCAGAAUCAACAUCGUCUCUAUGAUAUAAAUCUAUUUCGAUUGGUUCUGCUCGAUUGGAGAAUCUGGUAUAAUCAUACGAAAAUCUUCUAUCAAAUCUUGGCGAUUUUCAACGACCUACUAUCGGAACAAAACAAUAGCAAGUACUUUUACGUCAAUCGACAAAUAUUCAAAACAUAUUUCACAUUGGAACAUCUUCUAACUCUAUGUCAAGAAAUUAUCGAUGAACAGCAGCGGAUCACCAACGACGAAGAAGUCGCAGAACGUUUAGUCAACAUUGUCGAAGCUUUGAUUGAAGGCGAUAUUAAUGUCAUUGCAUUAGGAAUGAAUUUUAUUCUUUUGAUUCAUCCAUUGAUUCGAACAUAUGUAACAUACAAUAAAGAACAUUUUUAUUUUAUUACUAAACCAUUUAACUACUAUGAAAACCGUACACAUAUAAUCGAAAAAAGCCAUGCGAAAGUCUUGGACCGCAAACGCUCGACGACGAUGAAUCAUUCGGGUGGAUUGGCACAAUGUUCGACUGAGGAGACUGCAAGUAUUCGUCGAUCUCAUUCGUUUGCGGAUAUUUUAUCAUCAUCAAUAUCGAUGGCGAAUGAAACUGACUCGUUGAAUACUCGACGUGUGGCCUGUCAUCGUACGAGUUCAAACGCAGCUACAGCGACAACAACCACAACAACAAUUUCACCAUCGAAAACGUUCAAUGUCGAAUCAAACAUGUUGAAAGUCAAAGAUCGUCCUCAUAAUAUCGAUCAUCUUUCGACAGGUAUUCUACGCUUACUAACAAACAUAGCUCUGACAGUAUCCGAUCGUUUGAUGAUAAAGUUAGUCGAUCACGUAUUUCGGCUGAAUAUUCUCAUUGUCUUGUUACUCGAUGGAUCAAUGACCAAACGCGUCCAAUGUUUAAAAUUGUUAGAUAUUGUUCUCAAACGUAUGGACCGAGAUAAAGUACAAAAUGAUGUUCUACGAGCGGAUCUACAUACAAUGUUAGCUAAUCAGAUUUAUCAUCAAUUGGAUGGACGUGAUGAUGAACAGGAUUUGGUCGAGAUUUGCGCAUCGAUUGCAUUACAACGUCCAACAAACUUCAAUGUGAAAUUAAGCUUAUCUGAGCAAAUUUUCGAAAGUGAACAAUAUUUUGCCAUUGUUUCAUCAUCUCCACCGUGCCCUCGAUCACGCGUAGGUUUUGCAUUGAUACUUUCAUUGAUCGAGAAACUUAGUAUGACGAAUGUCCCCCUCUGUGAAUUACUCUUAAACUUACUCAAUGAAAUCAUUCUUCGAUCGAACGAUGAGAAUCGACAUUUUCUCGUCGAUAUCGGCAUCAUUCAAGUUCUAUUCAAUACACUCUCAUCAGCCAUAUCGACCUCUCAAGAGAAAACUAUAACACACGUGCAAGCUUGUCUCAAUUCUUUGAUCGUGAAUAUCUUUACGACCAGUAUCAAAGAAGAUAUUUCAUUCGUAUCGAUUAUCAACAAUAUUAUUGGAAUGAUGAUGAUGAAUUAUACGAUCGAAGACGAAAAUUCUUCUAAAACCAGUCGACGAAUUUUUCAUCAAACAGUAUCGAGCAUGUUUAAUUCUAUCAUCGAUUUCGUCGAAAACCCAACGUCCACGAAAGUUUCGUCGUACUCAUCCACGUUACGUCGAAACAGAUCUGAUGAUACAAGUGUUAAUCCGACGACAGUGGAGCAUAGCGAUCGAUUCCGUCAAUUUUUACAAUUAGCACUUGAUUAUAUCUAUUCGUUCCAUAAUGAAUGUUCAUUAUUAGAAAGCUUUACCGUACGUUUACUAGAUAUAUGUUUGAUUGGUAUCGCAUAUUUAAUUGAGAAACGUCCAAGUCAUGUGAAUACUCGUCAUCAGAUGUCAUUGAUUAUGUUUCGCUGCGGAGAUAUUAUCAAACAGAUUGGACAAAAGCUACUGACAAUAACUCUCGAUCCUGAGAAACAGCGGUUCUUCUUUCGAAUUCAAAUCUUGAAACAUAUCAUCGAUCAACCAAAUGCCAGAGCUAUUUUGGAAUAUUUACUACUAAAUGAUACCCAAUGUUACAUUUACCAUCAGAUAUUAAUUUAUCUGCAAGCACUCUCCGAAACAUCACCGAAUUUAGUUGAAUAUGAGCCGGUUUCUAGUUCAAAUUCGACCGAACUGUCGAGGAAAUCUACUGACUCGGGACAUGCAACAAUAGCGAAUACCACACAGACGUAUACGAACGGAGAAGAGUCAUCACAUACGGUGAAUAUCUCUACAAAACAAAAAGCGACGAAAUCUACAGCGAAAGAUCAGACUAAAAGCAAAGUUGCCAAAGAAGAUGAAGGAAACUCGUCAUCCAGUAAACUUGAAGACGUAGAACCUGAUAUAGCUAUAAAUUUAUCAACGAGCAAUGAUGAACAGAACGUAUCUGUUCGACAAGUUUUCGACCGAUCAUCUUCACUUUCGCUUUCCGUUUCGUCCGCUAGUAGCGAAAUGACAACCAACCAACAAACAUCAAUCAAUAACUACCAGAGUGUCAUCAACGCAUUUCGAGAUCUCAUGUGUACCGUCAAUAUACCAUCGUUGUCAAUGAAUGAUGCUAGUGCUGCUCAACGACGAGCAUUAGCUGAUCAUUUACUUAAACUAUCACCAAUAACACCUGCUCAACUUCUUCGUAGUAAUUCACGAGUUGCUCAACAACGUCAUUCGUUCGAGUGGCCAUUGUUCGUGCCAUCACAAGACACGUCAUCAUCGAGUAAUGUUCAAACGCCUGUUUCUCCUGAUCGUGUACGACGCCGUUCUAAUCAAGCGACCCCGUCACCAUCGCCCGUCUGUAUUAGUUGGUCAUCGGUUGUUGACGAAAAACGUCUCGAAUAUAAAAAUACGCUUAAUCAAGUGAUUGAUACCAUGCAAAAGCGUAUACUAUCAGCUCAUCAAAACUCCUUGCAAGCAUUUACGAAUGUGACUGUAUCGAUAAUCACAACGCGUGCCAUGGAAAUUACGCAAGAUGUGAUCAAUUUACAAGGCCAUGAGCGCAAAAAAUUCCUCGAACAUCUUCGUACAGCGCAAAGUCUGGAUCUACGUACGAAACAUCUCUGGCAUCAACUGAUAUCCCAAUUGACACACGAAUAUGGCGUUUGGUACGAAUCGUUAUCAUAUCCAAAGUUUUGGGAGCUUGAUCCAACUGAAAGUCCACAACGUGAACGUCGUCGCUUACAACGCGCCUAUUGCUUAAUGCAAAAGCGUUUCUUUCAACCUCAAGUUCCCGAUGAACAACUCGCGAAUCCUCCAUUGUCAUAUCUCUUCGAUUCUCGACAUUAUCAAUCACUCAACAUGCAAACAGUGCUAUAUCGUAAUGAAAAACUCGAAUUUCAAUGUCGUUGUACGAACGUCACACCUAAUGACGAAAUCAAAGGUGAAUUACUUGUAAGUACAACUCGACUGUACUUCGUUGCUGAUGAGCAAAUAUCUGGCCUGUCAAAAACUAAGAGUGUCAAUUCAGCAAUGACCACUGUCGGUUACAACCAUCAUUCAUUCAACGAUGAUUCAAAUUCAUUUUCCAUUGCUAUUGAAGACAUAUGUGAAAUGUACAAACGACGUUUCAUGUUAAAAGACAUCGCAUUAGAAUUAUUUUUCAUCAAUGGUAUCACGUUGAUGAUUGCACAUGUGGCUAUCAAUGAUCGAGAUAAUCUGUAUAAUCUAUUGCGAAAGCGUAAUUUAGUUCACGAGAAAUAUGCAGAAACAGUAACAGAUAUUCAGAGCACGUGGAAACAAGGUCAUAUGACAAAUUUCGAUUACUUAAUGCAAUUGAAUAAAUUAGCCGGACGGUCAUUUUUAGCUCAUAUCCCUUAUUUAUCGUCCAGUGGUAGUCAAUGGCAUUUAUCGUAUUUAACAUGUAAUUGUGAUUUAAUUGGUUGUUUAACAUUUUCAGAACAAUUGAAUUGUUUAUGUUUUACAACGGCGCCUGAAGGUACAGCAGUGAAUGUUUUAUUUGGUGGUUUUGAGAAUGGUCUUAUAUCAAUGUGGUCAACAUGGGAUUUGACGUUGCUGCGUCAGCUUGAAUUUCCUCAAUUACGUUCACGUCCGAUUGUUGCUAUAUGUGUUUCAAAAGUUGAUCGACGCCGUUUGUAUGUUGCUGAUCGUGAACGACAUUUACAUACAAUUGAAAGUCGCCUUUCAUCAACGACAUCGACAACAGCACCUCCUCAAAUCUUAUUUCUUUCCUAA